GGAGACUCUUUCUGAUGAUCAUUCUGCUCAAAUUUUCAGCGGAAGGAAAAACGUCUUUUACGAGUUUUUUUAUUAAUAAAACAUAAAUAAAAAACCUCAAAAAUGGAGUCAGCAUACAAAUUUACAGAAUAUAGAUAUAGGUUUCUGAAAGAAACAAAAAAUAUUUUCAGUGCGAACUCAAGGACUACAGCAAAAAGCCAAGAAAGAGUACCAAGAGACGGCGGUCUCAGCAAAACUGAACAGAGCUUCCUGGAGUCGAUACGGAAUGACGCUGUACGAAAAAAAGAGACUAUACAAGAAAUAGUUUUAAAGUGUUCAGCAACGACUUUCGACGUCUAUAUAGACAAAAUAAAAAGACUCUCAUGGGAAAAUUCAAAGUUGCGAGAAGAGCUGCGGAGGCAAGAUCACAUGAUGGACAAGAAAGGCAAGUUGGAGAACACACAAGAACGAAUAAUAUCGCAGAAAAAUGAGCAAAUAAGGAAAAUUUCACAAGAAGUAGAGAAAACGAGAUCAGAACUAAAUAAGGUUAAAACUGGCGUCAACAAAGAAAUCGAUCAGCCGAAGAAAUCCAAAAAAGGCAGAUCGACAUCAAACAGGAGAAAACAGGAAGAAAUUUUAGAGAUACCAGUUUUACCCAAAAAUACCAGUAAUGAUCAGCAGGCCAAGAAGGCACGUGACAUAUUUUUCUACGAUAUACCAAAAUAUUGGAGUGAGGACGACGUAAGAACAAAUCUGAUGAAGAUAGGAACAGUUUAUAGACUGCAAAUUCGAGGACAAUACAAAUACAAAACCAUUAAGGCAAAAAUCGCUUUGAACGAAAAUUUCGAAAAAACGUUCUUGGAUGGACAUUUCGGUAUUUGUAUUAGCAAAAACUUUAUCAGAUGGUACGACGCGAAAUUAGGGAUGAAAGGACGACAAGAGCGGGAUCAAUGGCAGACUGUGAGAGAUCUAACUAAUGAGGAAAUGGAAUCCAUAAAGAAGGGAAAUACAUACAACUUCACGAAAAAACUGCAACAAACUUCCAAGACGGCGUUCAUUAAAAUUAUCAAAAUCACAAAAAA